GCACCAUUUUUGCUCUUAACCUCAGUGACCUUCGAGUUGUACGAGUAAAAGUUUACUAUGUCUCAAACUGUGGGCAGUACUGUGCUUGCCUAUGCUCGGGUUUGGCACCAUGUUGACGCGUCAGAUCGUGUUCUGGGGAAAAUCGCUGAGCGGAUAGCGCUCGUUCUAAUGGGCAAGCACAAGCCCAUUUAUGACAAGAGUCUGGACUGUGGUGAUUAUGUCGUCGUCACCAAUGCGAAGAAUAUCAAAGUUACCGGUCGAAAAGAUGAACAGCUGGUUUAUCGGAAACACACCAUGUAUCCCGGAGGUCUGAAAGAGACUGAAUACAAGGACUUGAUGGACUCGAAACCGUAUGAGAUUAUCCGCCAUGCUGUGUCGGGCAUGUUACCCAAGAAUAAGCUUAGAGAACGGCGACUGUCAAGACUAAAAGUAUUCGCUGGGUCAAACAUGGGCAUAUAUCGAGGGAACAUCGUUAAGCGUUGGGAGGAUGGAACAUUGACGGACGCAGACAUCCUAAAACUGGAUCCAAAAUAUAGGGCACGACAGAGCUCGAAAUCAUGAGGCCACGACCGUGGUGUCUUUGACCACGAUCAUGAAAGUGAUUGCGGUUUAGAUUUAGGUUUAUAGUAUGGUAUUAGAAGAUAAUAAAGCUGCUCUAACUAAAA